UUUUUGUUGGAUCUUCUUGAUAUUAUUCUUGAAAAAAAUUACUUCAAAUUUGAUGAAAAAUACUAUUUCCAAAUACAAGGUGUAGCCAUGGGCAGUCCUGUCGCGCCAGCGAUAGCCAAUUUAUUCAUGGAUAAUUUGGAGAAUGAAACUAUCUUGAAUCACACAAAGAACCCUGUAGCGGACGGCAUUAUCAAAUAUUGUAGAUUUAUUGAUGAUAUUUUUAUCAUUGUUAAUUCACAUCAGGAGGCAGUAACGUUAUUAUCCUGGAUCAAUACAAUUCACCUCAAAAUUAAAUUUACAGGAAACAUCAGUUCUACAUCCUUGAUUUUUCUAGAUGUCGUGGUUACAAAGGAAAAUGAUCGAUUGAAAGUGAGUAACCACCGAAAAACCACUGAUAGAAACUCUUUGUUACAUUACAACAGUUACCAUCAUUGGGCAUUAAAAAAUAAUUUACCCUUUACACAGAUGCUCAGGAUUAAACGCAACUCCUCUACCCUACAGGACUUCAAUCAGGAAAUGGAAGAGACAAAAAGCAGGUUCAGAAAUCGAGGUUACCCAGAGUCCAUAAUACAAUCAGCCUACUCGAAGGUUGCCAGUAUUCCUAGAUCUAAACUCCUAGAGGACAAAAUUAGACCAGGAGUAGACAGAUUGAUAUGGCCACUCACACUUACAAGUUUGUCCAAUCUAGCCAUCAAAACUGUUAAAAAGUACUGGAACUUAAUAAGAGACAUCCCUGGAUGUGAUAGACCCCCUUUGGUAGCAUAUAAAAGAACAAGGAAUAUUGGGGAUAUAUUGGUACAUUCAAACAUAACCAAUAGGCCCCGGACUGUAAAAUCUAAUCUGGUGGGCAACUAUCGCUGCCAUCAUUGUUCAGUAUGCAGCCAAUUGAUAGAGACCAAAAUCUUGACACACCAACAUCUAUCAUUCGAAUUUAAAUUUCCCCAUUUUGCCACCUGUACAACCAAAGGGGUUAUUUACAUGAUAAUUUGUGAUUGUUAUUUAUCAUAUGUGGGGCAGACUCGUCGAGAAGUUAAGAGCAGAAUUAUAGAGCACAGGAGCAAAAUACGAAAUCAUGUCAGAGAAUCCAUACUGUACAAACAUUUCUGUGAUCUACAGCAUAGUCCUGAAUCAUUCAAAUACCACAUACUGGAAGUAGUAUCACAAUCCAAACAUAUGGACUUCAAUAAUAAACUUUUGCAAAGGGAAACAUAUUGGAUUUUCAGAUUACGGACAGAACAUCCACAGGGCUUAAAUGAACAAAAUUCAUACAGUUGUUAUAUAUAGAACCUUAGCAUACUAUAAAUCCCUAAUUGAAUACACCCAAUACAAUAAGGGUACUCAUAGCACCAUCUGGUGGUAUUUCUUCUAUAUCUUCAUAUAAACCUUUCUGUUUCUUUAACAUCUUCCCCUUUAAAUUGAGGCAACCCCUUGAUGCUUUUCAUACUCGCAAUUAGAACCUAACACACAGCAGAGUAUCCCGUGAGUAUAUACUGUUUUAGAAAUAUACAAUUUGUUUAAAAACAAAUUUUUGGAUGUUUGUAACUCUUUAAUGCUUAUGGCCACUCCUUGUUCCUUUGACCUAGAUUCCACUGUAAAAAACAGGUAUCUCUAAGGAGAACAAGUGUUAAAUUUGGAACUAUACCACCAGAGGAAGGCCUGAUGCAGGGCCGAAACCGGUCGUGGCGAACUUACUCUUCUCGGCAUUAGAAUAUACAACGCCGAUUGCACUUCAAUGUAUAUUGGACAAUCCAUUUGAGGCUGCUUGUUAUUACUGUGAAUUUAACGCCGACUGCAUUUCAAUGUAUAUGGGACAAUCCAUUUGAUGGUGUUUGAUAUUACUGUGAAUUUAAACAGUAUACUAAUUUGCCAGAUAUAUUAUUUACUGUACUGAUUCAUUUUC